AUGACUACGGAACCACCGGGAGGAGUCGAAUCGGUCUCCGAUGCUGUUUCUGGAUUCAGUGCGUCGAGGAUUGAGAACAGAGUAGCUCACACAUCUGAAACCCUAGUUAAGCUUGUUGGGUUUGACCGAAAAAGCUUCUUCUCUGCUGGUGAUAAGAGAAAUGUAGUUUCUAAUCCGAAGAAGGAGACGAAUUGUGUAGAUAGAGAGUCUGAUUUUGAAACUGAGAAUGAUUCAGAUGCAGAAUCUGAGGAUUUUGUUGAGAAGAGAGAUCUAGAUAGUGUUGUGGUUUUAGGUGGUUUAGCUUCAGGUAAUGAGAAUCUGAAUCUAUCUGAGUCAGAUUUAGUUUGGGGUAAAGUAAGAAGCUAUCUAUGGUGGCCUGGACAAGUGUUUGAUGCGUCUCUCGCAUCGAAGAACGCGAAGAAGCACUUCAAGAAAGGGAAUUCUUUGGUUGUGUAUUUUGGUGAUUGCAGUUUUGCUUGGAAUGAUGUAUCCAAGAUAAAGCCAUUUCGUCAGCAUUUCUCAGAGAUGGUGAAUCAGAGUAACUCGGCGGAUUUUCGUGAUGCGAUCGAUUGUGCUUUGGAAGAGGUUUCGAGGAGAGUAGAGUUUGGUUUGUCUUGCGCUUGUGUGUCAGUGGAAGCUUAUAGCAAACUCAAGACUCAUAACAUAACGAAUGUUGGAAUUCGAGAGGAUUCACGCGUGAGAUACGGUGGUGACAAGUUAUCGAAUGCUGUCUUUUUUGAACCUGCAAAACUUGUGGAGUAUAUGAAGGAUUUAGCUUGCUUUCCUAGCUAUGAUGCGAGUGAUAAGAUGCAGUUUGUGAUUAACCGAGCUCAGUUAUUGGCUUUUCAACAAUGGAAAGGCUAUUUUAACUUCCCAGAGUAUGAAACAUUUCUAAAGUCUGUAGAAUCAGCAGCUCGCAAAGCUUCUCUCUCGGAGCUCGAUACAGAUGAAGAAGUGUCUUCCAAAAAGAGAAAGACGGAUUACAAAGAUAACGAUGAACACAAGCAAAGGUUUGAUUUUGAGGAUAGGGCUGAUGAAAAGAUGAAGGAGAAGACUCUGUCAGAUUUGACUGAAGAGAAACGCCUUGGGAGCAGAUCGAUUGAGAAAUUGGAUGGUAAGUCGCAUUCGGACAAGAAGCGUAAGGUUGAGUCUUCGGAAUCUGAUCAGUCUGAGAAAAAGAUCAAGAACAACCUGCAAACAGAGGAUUCAGUAUCUCAAAACUCUGAUGAGGAAAACAAUUCGUCAAUGGGUGAUGGUAAUAAACUGCAGAAGGUGGCUGAACCAUGUUGCGGAAUUGGAGAUAUCCCUUUGAGAGUGGAAACCAAGAUGGAUUCUUUAACUCCUACGUUUAAUUCUUGCAGUGAUUCUAAUUCUACCACAAAAGUAGAAGACGAGAACACGAAGACGGAGAAGAUUAAACACGAAGAGCUUGCAGAAAGAAAGAUUUCUUCUCCUGAUGAGAUGCUCCCGAGCCUUCACUCUGCAAAAACUCCAGAGGGGAUACCGGAAUCAGUCACCAUAGACCACUCGAAGUAUGAAGAAUUUGAUAAAUUCUUAAAGGAGAUAUCUUGCAGUAAUCUCAAUGAUGAGUUUAAGAAGGCAGUAGAAGACAUAACAGGCUCAAAAGAGGAAACUGCUCUCAAAGACUGUUCUGCAGAUUCAAGAGCACCCAAUGCAUUGAUCCUCAUAUUUUUGGAUUCAGGUUCAGUUCCAUCCGAAGAAAAGCUGAACAGCAUAUUUAACCGUUACGGUCCUCUCAUAGAAUCAGAGACUCAGGUCAUGAAGAAAAGCAAGAGAGCUAAAGUGGUGUUCAAAAGUGGCGAAGACGCAAAGACUGCCUUUAGCAGCUCAGGGAAAUACAGCAUCUUCGGACCUUCUCUUCUAAGUUACAAGCUCAAGUAUGUGUGCCCCAAAGCAAAACAGAGCAACAACAAGAUGACCAGUUAA